ACGAAACAACCACCUUCGAGUCAUCCGCGUGAGAAUUCUGUGUUUAUUGAAGGAUCCCAUCUGGGUUUCUCAGCUGGUGAUUCGUCAACUUUCUUUGUUUUAUUUCAGACUGAAAGCAGAGCAUGGGUGUUGAUGAAGAUCCAAAUAUGCCAGCUGAUGCAGUGGAGAUAUGUUUGGUGAGCCCUCCACAUGAUGGGACAGGGAAGAGAUUGUGGGAAAAGGUGAAGUAUCAGCUGGUAGAGUACCACUCAUUGCCUGGAUUUUUGAGGGACAAUGAGUAUAUUUUAGGCCAUUAUAGGUCAGAAUGGCCUAUGAAGCAGAUUUUGCUUAGCAUCUUCAGAAUUCACAAUGAGACUUUGAAUGUUUGGACGCAUUUGAUCGGGUUCUUCAUUUUCCUUUCCCUUACCAUAUACACUGCAAUGAAGGUUCCAAGGGUCGUCGAUCUAGAAGCUCUGCAGAAGAUUUCCGAUGCAUUGAAAAAGGCUGAUUUACACAGAUUGCAAUCAGAUAUCCUGACUUGUUUGCCUUCCUUACAGAAGAUGCCUGAUUUGCAAAAACUCCGAGAGGAGUUAAAGACUUCUAUUCCUUUAAUGAAUUUGAUUCCUUCACUCUCACGUUGGCAUGUUAUGGAACAUCUGUAUAAUUGUUUACCUGAGCUUUCAUCUGCCAGAAACCACAUUGAUUCUCAAGUUCUGCAAGGUAUGAAGGAGCCGAUAACACGAUGGCCUUUUUUCGCCUUCUUGGGUGGUGCAAUGUUUUGCUUGCUAGCCAGCAGCACCUGCCACCUCCUCUCGUGCCACUCCGAACGCCUGUCGUAUAUAUUGCUCAGAUUAGACUAUGCUGGGAUUGCUGCUCUUAUAGCAACUUCCUUUUAUCCUCCUGUGUAUUACUCUUUCAUGUGUGACCCGUUCUUCUGCAACCUCUAUUUGGGAUCCAUAACCUCCUUGGGGAUCGCAGCGAUCUUGUUUUCAUUGUUGCCGAUGUUUCAGAGACCAAAGUUUCGGAAAAUAAGGGCAUCUCUCUUCUUUGGCAUGGGAAUGUCUGGGGUAGCACCCAUUCUUCACAAGCUUAUACUGUUCUGGCAGCAGCCCGAGGCACUUCACACUACGUUGUACGAGAUCCUGAUGGGGGUGCUGUAUGGUGUUGGAGCUUUGGUGUAUGCCGCGAGGAUUCCGGAGCGGUGGAUGCCUGGGAAAUUCGACAUUGCCGGGCACAGCCACCAACUUUUUCACGUCCUGGUUGUUGCGGGUGCCAUCACUCAUUAUCAAGCCGGACUGGUUUACCUAAAAUGGCGGGACAAAAAUGGAUGUUAAAAGAACCGAUACUAGAUAAAUCGAUGGCGGCGGAGCAUUACUAUACUCUGCUGGCGAGUU